GCCGGCCACAUUCUAAGGCUGACGCUAAGCGACACGGUUGGUCAUAAAUAAAUAGUAACACCGCAUUCGGUCGGUCGUUUGCAAUCAUUUGUUUCGGAUGAAUCUCAAGAGCAACAUCGCAACUAUUUUUACUGCUCGAUUCGUAUAAAAGCGGGGAACUCUUUUGAGUAUUUCUAAAUUCUGUCUGUUGUUUUUUUUUUUUUUUAAUAUCUGAGAACUGAGAAAAUAAAUAUACACGUAAUCUUUGAGAUACAGAAAUUCACCGGUAAUUGUGCGGUAAUAGCGCUAUGGAAAAACUGUAAUGUGCAACAGAAGAAAAUAAAAAAAAAAACAGGGAAAUAAUUAUUCUAAGUAAAAAAAAAAAAUUAUCUGCCAUUCAAUAAUUUUAGCAACUUUUUUCUGUUUUAUUAAAAAAAAAACACAAACACAAAUAAAAAUGAAAGUUUUAAAAAAAUGUGCAAAGUGCAUUAUCAAGGAAAUCAAAUGGCAAAAUUUUGGAUUUGAGCAUACUGAUCCUGAGGAUUUUGUUAAAUCAAAGUGGCAAAAAGGAGCAAAAAGUCUUCCCUAUCUAAUCUUCCGAUGGAUUUUGGCAAUAUUCUUUGUCGGAAUAUUUGCCAUUUGUAUGGCUUUGCAAUUUUUUGGUGGCAAAAUGUUUAUUUAUUUAACAAAUUGGGGUCUAACGCUAUGUGUUGUAACAAACGUCAUAGGAGCCCUCAUAGUCACACAAUGGUAUUUCAAUAUUGGUAGUUUACCUGGAGAAAUUGUUAAUAAAUCAUUUGAAUCGAAAACACCGAAAUUAUUGAAAUUCUAUUGGUUCAUUCAUUGUAUCACCUUGCAUUUGGCCCUGGUUGUAACAACAAUGUACUGGGCAUUUAUUUAUGGAAAACAAAAAAAAAUCAACAGAUUUCCAGCGAUAAGCUUCACGACACAUACAUUCAAUACGGUAUUUAUGGUGGCUGAUUUUAUUGCAGUUGGAUUUCCGGUGCGAAUAUUGCACAGUUUCUAUACAAUGAUGUUUCCUAUAUUCUACUGCUUUUGUACCGUGAUCUAUUAUAAUUUGGGUGGUUUGGAUGAAUGUGGGAAUCACUUCAUUUAUCCAAUUUUAGACUGGACAAAACCACUAAUUGGAAUGACAACAUUUGGUGGAGUCUUUAUUUUGUAUUGCAUUGCCACAAUUCUCACCUUUGCCGGCUAUCAUAUAAAACUUUUUUUGCAUAAAAAACUUCAUGGCUUCCUUAAAACACAUUCAAGUGAUUUAAAAAUGACAAAAAUCAAACAACUAGCGCGACCAAUUGCAAAGGAGUUUCAUCGAGACAGAUGCGGAUUUAAUCACACGCCCGCUGAUGACUUUGUUAAGUCACAAUGGCAACACCGAUCGAAGAGCAUCCCCUACCUAAUCUAUCGUUGGAUAAUUGGAUUAUUCUUUGUGGGUGUUGUUAUUGAAACAACAGUUUUUGGUGAUUCGGGUUCAUACUUUUUUAUUUACCUAACAAAUUGGGGUAUUUUAAUGUGCAUGUUAACCAAUUUGUUAGGUGCAAUUCUAGUAAGCAUUUAUCAUUUUCAUCCCGAAUAUGAGGAUAAACUACUAAGUAUGGAGUCAUUAACAAGUCCUUUUAAAGUUUACUGGGCAAUGCACAUUACAACAUUAGUUGUAUCUAUUGCUAUAACAAUUGUUUAUUGGAGUCUUUUAUAUGGACCUGAAGUACCAUUAACUCCAUCGAAUAUUCUCUGCCAUGCAUGCAAUUCAGUUUUCAUGUUUUUGGAUCUUCUAAUUGUUGCUUAUCCAAUUCGUUUGUUACACAUUUUCCUGCCAUUUACAUUUGGAUCGAUUUUUGCUAUAUUUUCGUAUGUUUACUAUGCUUCUGGUGGUGUUAAUCAAUUCGGCGAUCCAUUCAUUUACAACGUCUUGGAUUGGCGAAAUACAAAAGGUGCUCUUAUCACUUGCAUUGGUGUCCUUUUGUUAACCUGUUUCAUUUACAUGGUUAUGUUUAUGGUUUAUAAAACUCGAGUGUUCAUUUACCGUCGAAUCUAUUCACCGGCUGUAUUCAAUCCAACAAUAACAGCUACCACUUUAGAUGGCAACUCAAAAGCUGUCGAUACAAAAGGAAUUCAACAUUCCCCCUCGGGCAUAUCAAUGGUGUUGGGCAAUUACACGGGCUAUGAAAAUCAAGGAUUUUCAACAAUAAGUGAAAAAGUCGACAGGGGUCUAUAAUUAAAUAUAUAAUAAUUAAUUUAUAGAGCAUGUUUAACAGUAUUUUUUAAGUUUUUUUUUUUUGUUUUUAAAUUUUAAGUCGAAUGUAAUGUAAUGAAUGAAAUAGAAAAUUAACAAAAUUAAGAAUCAGAAGUAAAGUAAAAAAAAAACUUGUAAAUAUUAUUUUUAAUGAAUUAAUUUGAUAGUUUUUGAAUGUAAUUUAAGUAUUUUUCAUAUAAUUUUUUGAAGAAAAUUAUUUAAAUGAAUGGAUUUAUUAGUUAAAAUUAUUGUGAUUUUUAUACAAGAUUUUUAUGUAUAGUGCAAAAAAUUUAUUGCUAAAAGGUCAUUGUGUAGGUAUAGUUCGAAAUAUUUUUUUUUUUUAUUUGUUCUUUACCUACCUAAAUACGAAUUACGAAAUAGAAUAAUGAAUUAAACAAAUAUGUGUAUAUGAAAUAUGAUAA